ACUCGACCAUAUCGUCGUCAUCAUCCUUCAACGUCACAUACCGUCAUCAACCUAGCCCACCUACCCUAGUAGUCGCCACAGGACACACGACCUCUCAAAACACUCCCAUCAAGAAGGAAAAGGACCCCUUCCCUCGCCCUGCCCGCCAUGUCCAACUCGUCGGAAGACCCAGACGUCUGGAUCGCCCAGUUGAUGAACUGUAAACCCCUGAGUGAGGGUGAAGUGAAAAAGUUGUGCGACAAGGCCCGGGAAGUCCUCAUGGAGGAGUCCAAUGUCCAGCCCGUCAAGUGCCCUGUUACCGUCUGUGGUGAUAUUCAUGGACAGUUCCACGACCUCUCCGAGCUCUUCCGCAUCGGAGGCAACUCCCCCGACACCAACUACCUCUUCAUGGGCGACUACGUCGACCGAGGCUACUACUCGGUCGAGACCGUCACCCUGCUCGUCGCCCUGAAACUCCGUUACCGAGAUCGAGUGACCAUCCUCCGGGGUAACCACGAGUCUAGGCAGAUCACCCAGGUUUAUGGGUUCUACGACGAGUGUUUGCGAAAGUAUGGGAAUGCAAACGUUUGGAAGUUUUUCACGGACCUGUUCGAUUAUCUGCCCUUGACGGCGUUGAUCGACAACCAGAUCUUCUGUUUGCACGGAGGUCUCUCCCCCUCGAUCGACACGCUCGACCAUAUCCGAGCUAUCGACAGGAUCCAAGAAGUUCCUCAUGAAGGACCCAUGUGUGACCUCUUGUGGUCUGACCCGGAUGACAGGUGUGGAUGGGGAAUCAGCCCGAGAGGUGCCGGGUACACGUUUGGACAGGAUAUCAGCGAGGCGUUCAACCACAACAACGGGCUCACCCUGGUCGCUCGUGCGCACCAACUUGUCAUGGAAGGUUACUCCUGGUCGCAAGACAAGAACGUCGUUACCAUCUUUUCUGCUCCAAACUAUUGUUACCGAUGUGGUAAUCAGGCUGCUAUCCUCGAGGUGGACGAUAACCUGAAGUACACCUUCUUGCAAUUCGACCCCGCUCCCAGGGCCGGAGAGCCGCUCGUUUCCCGACGACCCCCUGAUUACUUCCUAUAGACGUCGUCUCGAUCGCUGGUCCUGUUCUGUCUUUCGCCAUCUCAUAUCCCCACCCCCGUUCAUGACGGUUGUAUACGACGCUCAAAAAGAUGAAUCUCACGGAUACGAACUAGAGGCAGAGAAGGACUACCUGAGAACCCCUUUCGAAUCUUUACAUCGUCAACCUCUCCCUUUACACACCACCCUCUUAAAAUAACGACUUUGACGAGGACGGCAAACAC